UAAUGGCGUAAAAUAUAACUUCCGAAAAGCUGCCUUCAAACAAAAUGAAUUCUCUUAUAGUAAUAGCUAUAAUAAUUAUAACGAAUAGAUGUGAUGCAUAUAAAAAUAAUGUAAUUAAAAAUGAUCUCAACGAAAUAGAUGUAGAAACUAUAAAUUUACUUAGGAAUGUAAAAGAAAAUAACCUAAAAAUAGAUACAAAAGAAGUUACACCAGAAUUUGAAAAUAAAGAAUUAUUUAAAAGAUUUGCAAGAGAUCAGACGCACUCAAGGGUUAAAAGAAUAGCAAAAGAUGUAGAGGAGAAGACAAAUCUAACCGAAGAAUGUGUAGGAGCCCCAGAGUUUUGUAAUCUAUCAAGAGAAGAGUAUGUAACUAUGUUGAAUGAAUAUGUAUAUCCGCACACAUACGAAUGGGUCUUGAUAGCGACGCACACAGCGGUAUUCGUGAUCGGAUUGGUUGGGAAUGCGCUUGUUUGCGUGGCAGUGUAUAGAAAUCAUUCUAUGAGGACAGUGACUAAUUAUUUCUUAGUGAAUUUGGCUGUAGCUGAUUUUAUGGUGAUACUAUUCUGUUUGCCUGCGACAGUUCUAUGGGAUGUGACAGAAACUUGGUUUCUAGGUGCUACCUUGUGCAAGAUACUGCUUUAUUUCCAGUCAGUAUCGGUGACAGUGUCAGUUUUGACAUUGACAUUCAUUUCGUUUGACCGCUGGUACGCCAUUUGCUUCCCGCUCAAAUUCAAAUCAACAAUCAGCCGAGCGAAAACUGCCAUUCUGCUUAUAUGGACUAUAUCGUUAACGUUUAAUGCGCCAGAGUUGGUGGUGCUUACUACGGUGAAGUUGGUUCCUUUACGCUUCGACCUGGAGUAUUUAGUUCAAUGCACGGCAACUUGGUCGUACACCAGCGACCUGGUGUGGCACAUCACUAAAGUUGUUUUCAUAUAUACCAUUCCCCUACUACUGAUGACAGUUGCAUAUCAUCAGAUAGUUAGGGUGCUGUGGAGGUCAGACAAAAUACCUGGACAGGCUGAAACCAUGAAGUUAGCUUCUGCUGAGCAAUCUCAGCUUCGGUCCCGUCGCAAGGCUGCCAAGAUGCUGGUGGCCGUGGUCGUCAUGUUCGCUGUCUGCUACUUCCCUGUUCAUCUAUUAUCUGUUCUUAGAUACCUACCAGACAUAAAGCAAAACGACCUGCUUACGUGUUUGGCGCUUCUGUCACAUGUGUUGUGCUAUGCAAACUCCGCUAUCAACCCGUUGAUAUAUAAUUUUAUGAGUGGUAAAUACAGACGGGAAUUCAAACGUGCAUUCUGUUGUUCGACAGUUCCCAGUUUCGAGACCCAAACAACGUCCUCGCGACUUACUUCCAAACGGCAGGAAAGGUGUCCACACAUUUAUCAUCGUCAUAGAAUGUGUGUAUGUUACGGCAGAGAUUCGUAUCGAAAUAAUUAUAUGUAUUAGCCAUAUGUACCUGAAAUAUGAUUUAAAUUUUAAAAUUUCGUAUUAAUCCAUAUUUUCGUCUCUGGCAAGUUGUGUUUACGCUGUGUUGAGACAGGUUAUAUUCUAAGAAAAGGGGUAAGUUCCUAUGACCAUUUUAAAUUAAAAAAAUAUUAACAAAUUUACGAAGUUUACGCAGGGAGUGUAGAUUUUCUGUGCAAAACCUUUGAUUAGACCUGGUGUCUUCUGGAACAUCUAGUGACAUGGUAUAUUUUGUUUAUUUAAACUUCUCGUAUCUCGAAAAAAACAUAUUAACUGUGGGUGUCGCGUAAUUAUCCCUAAGGGUUAAGGGGUAAGAUUCAGCUGAGAAAUACGUCAAAAACAGAAUUUGACGGGAGGAAUAAAUAAAAUAAACUAGCCUUUACACGAGUACUAGAUACAUUAUAUUAGAUUCAGUCUAUGCUAUUAUGUAAACCAUUAGUACUCGAACUCCGUCGGAGUGAAGGCCUCCUCCGAACUUUUCUAUCAUUUUCGCCACAAUUUUUUGAAGUGAAACAUCUUUAUCGGCGUUGGAAAAAAAUACCGUCACAUUUUUCCGUUACGCGCUAUCUUUUUCUUGUCCCUACCACGGUUG